AUGGGGACGCCCGCCUUUCCCGACCUGGGGAAGCACUGCUCGGUGACGUCGUGCCAGCAGAUCGACUUCCUUCCCUUCACCUGCGACAAGUGUCGCAUGGUCUUCUGUCUGUCGCAUCGCAUGCCGGCGUCGCACGAGUGCCCGUGUGCGACAGUCGGCGACGCUGUGGUGCUGCUGUGUCCGCUGUGCGCCAAGGCCGUGCGACUGGUGGGCGACGAGGACCCGAAUGUGACGUGGGCGCGGCAUGAACGGUCCGGAUGCGAUCCCAGUAAUCUGCAAAGAGUGGCCAACAAGCGUCGGUGUGCGGCACAGGGCUGCAAGGAGGUGCUCUCGCCCGCCAACACCGUCACCUGCCGUGACUGCACCCGCCAAACCUGCCUGCGCCACCGCUUCGGCGCCGACCAUGCGUGCUCCGGCAUCCAAAAGAACUCGCAACCCAUUUCAUUCUGGGCAGCUGGUGGGGCGUACAGUGAGAAGCUGAUGGCAGGCAUGCAAGGCGCCAUGGCAGGGCUAAUGGCACCGGGUGGUGGUGCAGCUGGUGCUGGCAGCAGCAGUGGCGGUGGAGCCAGUGGUGCAGGCAAAUCAGCUGGUAAAAAUAUCAGUACUGGGAGCAUGGCGUCGACAUCUACCAACAAGGGUAAGACAAGCAGUGGCAGUGCCAGCAGCAGCAGCGGCAGUGGUGUUGGUGCUGCAGCUAAUGAUCUUAACACGGUGCGAGGGACAGCGGCAAGGCGCCAGAAACAGGGUGCAGGACAAGCGGCGUCAGCUGCAGGCUCACAAGGCAGAGUGGGAUCAGCAGAGCCACAGCAACCAGGUGCAGGGGCAGCCAGGGCUGGGGGAGGGGAUGGUGGUGGGGGGCCAGAGGUGUGGGUAUUUGAAGCCGUACCCGUUUUCCUCUUAACUUCGUACCGCCCGCCACUCCCCAUCCCUCUCGUCCCCUUUUCCUCCUCCGCUUCACCCCCCUUCCCCUCUCCUUCCCGCCGCCCUCCUCCCUCCCCUUUCCCCCGGCCGAUUCCCGCUCUCUUCCUUCCUCCUUGCUACCCCAGACUGGUGUAUUACUGCUGCCGGCUGUGCCAGAUGCAGGCCUGGCGGAAGCACCGGCACGUGUGUGGCGCGGCGGCGGCGGCAGCGGCGCGCAUCCAGCGCACGCGCGCGCUGCUCACCCCCUCGCAGUGGCGCGCUCUGGGCGAGUUCGGGGACGCCGUGCGCGCACUCAUCCCCGCGCACCUGCUCGUCCCCACGCAACCGGACCUCGUCGCGAGCGCGCUGCUGAAAAUCGCCGCGUACGUGCGCCAACGCCCGCACCUGGUGCAUCAACCCAUGGCGGACGCGGUAUGGGCGGCGGCGCUGAGCAUGCGCGGGGAAGGCGCCAGCCCGCGCCUGUACAUGGCGUGGGCGUGGGGGUUUCUCGAAGCCGCGGUUGAGUCCGGUUCCGUGGACGCGUUUUUGGCGGCGCUGCGGAUUGACCCGGCGGCUGGGGGCGCGGCGGACCUUCCGCGCGUGAACCGGUGGAUGAAGCGCGGGCUGUGCCAGGCGCUGCUGAUGCUGAACAAGCGGCAGGAGGUGGGCGCGUUCUUCCGCCACGCCCCCCGCCAACAGCUGCUCUACUUCUAA